AUGACGCUCACGACGUAUGCCUCAUCCCCGGACUCUCCGGACCUCGCAAUCCUCAACCUCUCUCGCCUGUUCACCCGUCUCGAGCAUAAUCUCCUCUCCUCAGCCGCGGACUUGAGGCCAUUACGCCGGUCAGAGUACCAGCGCAUGAGAGUUGGAGCAAACAUAGAAUACGCCCGCACCCAUCUUCAAAGCCUCGAACACACCCUCCCCCAAAUCAAACCUACCGAUCGUCGCAACGACCUGCAGAACGACCUAGCACGUAAACGGCAAAUUCUCAAACGACUUCAAAAUGUCCUCGAUGAACUCACCUCCGAAGCGGAGGCUCGAUCCGCCCACCACAUCGACGAGGAAGAAGAAGACUCCCUAGACAGCGAAGACCUCCUUGGCACCCCAGAGGAGGGCAGCACCACGGAUGAACUAUCAAACGAGGAAAGGGAUGACCGCGACAUCGCUACAGAAGAAAAAGAAUCCACACCAGCAACAUUAUUCACAACAACAACAGCAACAACAACCGAAGCAACACCUCCACCCUCAGAAGCAACCCCCGCUCCUCCACCCCCAUCUACCCUCCGCAAUCGAUCCAACGCCCCCACCACCACCUCGUCUACAGUAACCGCAAUCGCAACUGGAUCCUCUCUUCAUGAAACCCCAACCUCUCCACAACCUUCAUCAUCGCCCUCUUCCACCGCCCGAUUGCAAGCCACAGAAGACACGCUCUCCUCUCACCGGGCAGAACAGGAAGACCUGACAACCUCGCUACUUGCGCUGGCAUCGCAGUUGAAGUCAUCGUCACAGGCGUUCCAUUCGUCCCUGGAGGCGGAGAAGUCCGUUCUGGCGCGGGCGGUCGACGGCUUAGAUCGUACGACGGGUAACAUGCAGGCGGCAGAGCGACGCAUGGGCAUGCUGCGGCGGAUGACGGAGGGGAAGGGCUGGUGGGGACGGAUGAUGCUGUAUGCGUGGAUCUUCGGACUGUGGGUGGUCGCGAUUCUGAUCGUCUUUCUGGGGCCCAAGUUGAGGUUUUGA